AUGGAUAAUUAUAGUUUUCAAAUAUUCAUCGAAGAAUUAAAUAGUAAAUAUAAUAUUAAAUCAAUGGGAAAAAUAGAAAAUCGUCAAAAUAAACGCAAUGCUAACCUCAGUAUAGCAAUUAAUAAACCAUUUUUGAACGUUGAAAUAUUGAAUCAGGAGAAACUGCAGGCUUCACAGACGCGACUGAUGGCACGAAAGUGCGAAGCACGAGGAGCACAUCAAGCAGCUCAAAUACUAAACGUCAUUGCAGAAAAAUGCACUCAAUUAAACAGUAUUCAUCAAGCCUUAAAUCAAAUAAAAAUGAAUCCAACUCAAGAAAAGGCAACUAAACAAUCUGAUAUUACAGCACCUAUUCAACAAAUAAUUACUUAUGAAAGAAAAUACGGUACAUUAGAGUUUCGUGGUGGUAAUGUGACUCAACAACAUCUGGAAAUAUUCGAUCAAGCACACAAACAGCAAAGCCAACAAUAA